AGAGGAGACUCGGGGGCCAUUUUGUGAAGAGACGAAGACUGAGCGGUUGCGGCCGCGUUGUCGACCUCGAGCAGCAGUUGGCUUCUCCACGUAGAACUCGGGAGUAGGAGAUUCAGAAUCGAAUCCCUUCUCCCUCCCCCCUCCUGGUUACAAAUCACUUGAAAUAUAUAAGUUAGUGGAACUUUGCUUGAGUGAGAUUUUUUUGAUCUUCAGCUACACUUUUCGGCUUUGUGAACAACCGUAUCAUCAAAGACCAUGGCAAGCAAUGUUACCAACAAGACAGAUCCUCGCUCCAUGAACUCCCGUGUAUUCAUCGGGAAUCUCAACACUCUUGUGGUCAAGAAAUCUGAUGUGGAGGCAAUCUUCUCAAAAUAUGGCAAAAUUGUGGGUUGCUCUGUUCAUAAGGGCUUUGCCUUCGUUCAGUAUGUUAAUGAGAGAAAUGCCCGGGCUGCUGUGGCAGGAGAGGAUGGAAGAAUGAUUGCUGGCCAGGUUUUAGAUAUUAAUCUGCUGGCAGAGCCAAAAGUGAACCGAGGAAAAGCAGGUGUGAAACGAUCUGCAGCGGAGAUGUACGGCUCCUCUUUUGACUUGGACUAUGACUUUCAACGAGAUUAUUAUGACAGGAUGUAUAGUUACCCGGCACGCGUUCCUCCUCCUCCUCCUAUUGCUCGGGCUGUAGUUCCCUCAAAACGCCAGCGUGUAUCAGGAAACACCUCACGAAGAGGCAAAAGUGGCUUUAAUUCUAAGAGUGGACAGCGAGGAUCUUCGUCCAAGUCUGGAAAGUGUAUUGAAGGCGAUGACCUUCAGACCAUUAAGAAGGAGUUGACCCAGAUAAAGCAAAAAGUGGAUUCUCUACUGGAAAGCCUGGAAAAAAUUGAGAAAGAACAGAGCAAACAAGGAGUAGAGAUGAAGAAUGAUAAGUCAGAAGAGGAGCAGAGCAGCAGCUCCCUGAAGAAAGAUGAGACUAAUGUGAAGAUGGAGUCUGAGGGGGGUGCAGAUGACUCUGCUGAGGAGGGGGACCUACUGGAUGAUGAUGAUAAUGAAGAUCGGGGGGAUGACCAGCUGGAGUUGAUCAAGGAUGAUGAAAAAGAGGCUGAGGAAGGAGAGGAUGACAGAGACAGCGCCAAUGGCGAGGAUGACUCUUAAGCACAUAGUGGGGUUUAGAAAUCUUGUCCCAUUAUUUCUUUACCUAGGCGCUUGUCUAAGAUCAAAAUUUUCACCAGAUCCUCUCCCCUAGUAUCUUCAGCACAUGCUCACUGUUUCUCCCCAUCCUUGUCCUUCCCAUGUUCAUUAAUUCAUAUUGCCCUGCGCCUAGUCCCAUUUUCACUUCCUUUGACGCUCCUAGUAGUUAUGUUAAGUCUUACCCUGUAAUUUUUGCUUUUAAUUUUGAUACCUCUUUAUGACUUAACAAUAAAAAGGAUGUGUGGUUUUUAUCAACUGUCUCCAAAAUAAUCUCUUGUUAUGCAGGGAGUGCAGUUAUUUCCAUUCAUACAUGAGCUCAGUAGUUGUGCUUCCCUAACUGCAAAGGCAAUCGCUUUAGUUGAGUAGCACCUGAGAGCAGCUUUGAGUUAGAGGUAUGUGUGUUAUACCCCACAUAAGAGUGCUUAUGUGGGGAUGUUCAACACAAAUGUAACAAUGUAUUUUUGUGAAUGAGAGUUGGCAUGUCAAAUGCAUCCUCUAGAAAAAUUAGUGUAAUAGUCUUAAGAUUUGUUUUCUAAAGUUGAUACUGUGGGUUAUUUUUGUGAACAGCCUGAUGUUUGGGACCCUUUUUCUCAAAUAAACAAGUCCUUAUUAAACCAGGAAUUUGGAGAAAAAAAA